UGUCAUCCGACACAUUUAUGAAUAGAAUAUAUAACUCGAAAAUUUUUUGGUAAUAAGUUUUAUAUAUGGCAACACUGUAGAAAUAUCUGAAAACUUGGCAGCUUGUUGUAGUCACAACAGUAUAUGAGUGAAUGUAGUUACGUAUCUAUCGAGUGUUAAUGUUUUUUAAAACUAUAUGUAUAAUAUUAAAACUUUAAAUUUUCCCGCAUUUUAUAAAAAUAUUAAAUUUUAAUACAUCACCGAACGAAUAUCGGAGUUAAUAAGAUGGCCAAGGAAUUUAUGGAAGAUGUUUCACAAACUUCAACAUCAUCAACAGCGGUACCGACAAUGUCUGUUGGUACAACAACUGUAGCAUCAUCAAUUUCAAAUUUGCCAACAGUUUCAACAAAUACUGAAUCAAUAAAUUCUACAAACAGUGCAUUGCAAAAAAUUGAUGAUUCUAAAGAAAUGAAAUCAGAAUCAUUGGAACAAAUUGAAACCUCAAGGAAUAUGUCAUGGGCUCCACCAAUUACGUCAGAUGUAAUCACGACACAGCCAUCACGAUCAGUUUCUUCGAAAUUAGACUUAGUUGAAUCAUCUGAAAAAAAUGACAACCCAAAUAAUAAUAAGUCAUCAUCAAUGUUUUCAAUUAAUAUAGAAAUAAAAUCAAAUAAUGAUAGUAACAAGAUUACUGAAAUUGAAAUGAAAUCACUAGUAAAGGAAUUAAGAAAAGCAAAAAAGAUUGUAAAGAAUUUAUUCUCAACAGAAGAAGAGAAGAAUAUUAAAUUAACAGAGUCAUUAGAAAAUAUUUUCAGUUUUGUCAUUAAAACACGGACGAAAAUGACAAAACAACAGGCAACAUUAAUAAAUGACGUAUUAAGGAGUAUUUUAAAAAGACGAAGAAAACUUGAAAUGAUUCCAUCUGGUUGGAUUUUUUAUUUUCUGACAAUUAUCAUGUUAUUAAGAAUGUUUUGUGACAUUUUUUCCACUGUUCAAGUCAUCAAGUCUGGAUUAAUAUUUUCAAAAAUAUUUCUCCUUACAAUCGAUUUAUUGGGAUGUGUUUUUACAAUUCUAAUAAUGAUGUCAUUUUGUUGGAAGUCACCAGUACAAGCAAUUGAUCUUUUCUUUUGUAUUAUAUGGACGAUGUUGUAUGGAAUUAUAACAACGGUAGUUAUUGUUACUUCUCCUAUUACGCCAGUGUCAAUAAUUAUUUGCGGAUAUAUGUCAAUGCUAACGUGUAUUGUUCAGGGAGGAAUAAAAAUGUUUUUUAAUUAUUGGAAAAAAUCCAAUAGAUCAAAACAUGUAUGCAAUGGUGAUUGUAUUGUUGAUAAUACUAAAAAUGUCCGGUUUUCUGCAAUUAAUGUUGAAUCAUCAUAUCAAGAUAGUCAAAGCAGGAAUGAAAUUGAUCCAUUUACUAUUUAUCCUGGUAAUAAUCAUUUUGAUUCUAGAAUAAAUGCUAUUAAGAAAUUGGAGCAUACAAUUAAAGUAUUUCUUGUUGAGAUACACGGUGCAGAUUACAUCAAUAAGGAGAGAUUUCAUUCCGUUGAAAAUCUAAAUUACAAGAAUCAGUAUGAAUUGCAGAAUGUGAGGUCACAUGUUGGCACAAAUGAAGCUGUAAAUUCUAAUAUAAAUGACAAUUAUAUCUAUAACAAUAAUUUUAAUGGUGUUGAUUGCUGUUUUUGUUGUAUUGCAACUGAUCCACAUCCAAACAUUUUUCCUGUUUGGCUCGGUUUUGGAAAUAGUGGAUGUUGCGAUGGUAAUGAUAAUAACUGUUGUGGAGAUUGCGAUUGUGGAGGUUGUGAUUGUGGAGGUUGUGAUUGUGGAGAUUGUAUUUGUUUAGAUUGUAUUUGUGGAAGUUGUGAUUGUGUAGGUGUAGAUUGUGUUGGAUGUUGUUUAUGAGUCUGCAAACCACUUAUUCUUCCAUACAUAUAAACUUCCAAAAAGUAUUACUU